AUGCGGCUUACUAUCAAUCAGUGCUUUCCCGACCCGCUCUCGCGGCAGUGGCCUGCCACCCAUCACCCGGUACUGUGUGAGUGCCGGCAGCUGUAUGUACUCGUCUCCAUUUGCUGCUGCGUCCCAUCGGCGCACCUUCUCGUGAUGCACGACGGCGUGAGCAACAGCACCGUCACCUCCAUGCCAAAAGGGCCCACGUACUUGGAGCUCCGCAUCACGGAGCGAACUCGACGGGAGGCGUUUUGUGGGUUUCUUAUGCGGGCAGAAUCGGCGUCCAUGGCGUCUGUGCCUCUCGGGUUCGCGGAGGAUCACCGGCAAGUAACGGUGGUGUGCCUACGGGAGUUAUACGCUGCCUCUCCGCAAGUGCUGUCGGCGUUGAUGGACGUGUUAGUCUUUGGCCUUCUUCGGGUGGGGAACACCGUGAAGCGGGUGCCCUCGCUGCGCAUUGUUGCCUUCUGUGACGCGCGAGCGUACGCUGCGGCGCUGCCCGAGUACGUUCUUGAAGCGUUUUCGCUAUCAACGUACAUGUCGGCCCUUGCCAUGGAGAGUGCUGCCGUGAUUCAGUCGUCUGACACGCAGAGCUCGAACGUGGUGAACAAGCGCCACAUGCUGGAGGUGAUGCUCUCGCCCGACGGCGACGACCUCGUUGACACUGUGAUGCUAUCGGGCGAGGUGUCGCGGUACCUGCGGCACCUGUUGGUGGUCCUUCGUGGCGCCAUGCUGGUCCACAGCGCCCCGGGCAGCUACGUCUCCACACAUGUUCCACGCAUGUUGCGGCUGCUGAAGGUUUUCGCGCUGCUGUUUGCCCCCUCUGCACACGACCGUGCCGGGAAAUUGCUCCUUCCGCGGCGUUCAGCGUCCCCCUCCACAUCACGCACGAACGACGUUGCACCGAUCACAAAUUUUUCCCACGUCGUGGUGUCUCCGGCGCACGUCAUGUGCCUGCUGUGCCCGAUGGUGGCACACCUCUUUUCUUUGCGACGCGCGAUGGUGGCGUCGUCCCUCGGACUCGGCGCGGACGGCAAGGAGAGUAGCCUGGUACUGGCCUCUGACGAGGAGGCGGCGGGCGCGGCUGUCACGCUGUGGGACGCAAGAGCGGUAUUGUGGAUCUCAGUUUCGGGUGGCAGCCAUGCGGAUGUAACCACCAAUGCUGAUGAGACGGCGCGCCUGGGUAUGUCCACUGCGAGAGAUAUCACGCGCGCUUUGCGGAGCAUUCACGAGGAGUGGCUCUCGUACUCGGAGUGCCGUGAGCUGAUCCGUGUGACUGUGCUGAAGCACAGCGCUCCGCCAAGGGGUUGA